GUUACGAGUGGUAGAUCGUCAGUCCGUCAAUCAGUGGCGAGCCUCUAAACAAGUCGAACGGUUCGUUCUGGUUCGCGCUUCGAGCAGUUCGCACUGCACACAAAGAGAGCGAGAGAACGGAAUAGCAAGAGAGAGCGAGAGCAUAGGUCGCUUGUGUAUAUAAUAUAUUUACUUGUGUAUAGAGAAACGCUCGUUGGGACCGGUUGAAGAAGCAAACAGCACAGAUCAAAUGAGCAGUGAAAAGAAAUUGCGUCGACGCGUCAUAACGCCGACAACAGACGCCAGCAAUGCAGACCCAUUGCUGACAGGGCGACAGUUGCAUCUGGAAGACGACGAGCAGGCCAACUGCUGCGAACGAGCUUUUGUCAGCCGUGAGAAAAUCAAAUGGUAUUGGGCGCCCGCGUUCAUCGGCUUCUGGCUGCUUAUCUAUUGUGCCAUAUCAAUACCGGCCUCCAAUCAUCUGCCCCGCCCGCUCAGCAUAAAAGAUGAGGCCAAGAACCCGGAACGCUUCAUCGCCGAGCGCGCCGAGUUGAACCUGCAGCGUCUGGUGGCACUGGGACCACGCGUGGUGGGCAGCCGCGAAAAUGAAAUGGGAUCCGUUCAGGUGAUCACGUCCACCAUGCAAAAGGUGCGCGCCGAGCUGGGCGCUGUCCAUGACAUCGAGGUGGAUGUGCAAGUGGCCUCCGGCAGCUACAUCCACUGGAAUGCAGUUAACAUGUACCAGAGCAUACAGAACUUUGUGGUGAAGAUCAGUCCCAAGGGCUCGAAUAGCACCACCUACGUACUGAUAAAUAGCCACUACGACUCGGUGCCAGCGGGCCCGGGCGCUGGCGAUGAUGGCUCCAUGGUGGCCAUCAUGUUGGAGACUCUGCGUGUCCUUGCCAAAUCAAAGUAUGCUCUCAAACAUCCGGCUGUCUUCCUGUUCAAUGGCGCCGAGGAGAACCCGCUGCAGGCGUCUCACGCCUUCAUCACGCAGCACAAAUGGGCCAAGAACUGCAAAGCGCUGAUCAACCUGGACUCGGCUGGCAAUGGUGGUCGUGAGAUUCUCUUCCAGUCCGGUCCCAAUCAUCCCUGGCUUAUGAAGAGCUAUCGCCGCGCCAUCAAGCAUCCCUAUGCCUCGACCAUGGCCGAGGAGAUGUUCCAGCACAACUUCAUACCCUCCGACACGGACUUUCGCAUAUUCCGCGAUCAUGGCGCAGUGCCCGGCCUGGACAUGGCUUACCAGCACAACGGCUACGUCUAUCACACCCGGUUCGAUCGCGCUGAGAUCAUUCCACGUGGCAGCUUCCAAAACACCGGUGACAAUCUCCUGGCUCUGAUCCGUGAGAUAUCCAGUGCACCGGAGCUUGAGGAUACUUCGAAACACGCCGAGGGACACACCGUUUACUAUGAUGUGAUGGGCUGGUUCUUGGUCUUUUAUACCGAAACGGAGGGCAUUAUUCUCAAUGUGGUUGUAUCCAUUGGCGCAAUUGUGGCCUGUGCCGUUGCCAUCAAGCUCAUGGCCAACAACUCGGGCCUCAAGCUCAGCAAACUGCUCAAGCGCACCCUGCACACGUUUGCUGCGCUCAUCCUGGGCGUGAUAGCGGGCGCUAUUCUGCCCAUUAUCAUUGCUGUGUUCAUGGACCUAGUGCAUAUACCGCUCUCCUGGUUCACACAGAACUGGCUGGUCCUGGGACUGUACUUCUGUCCCUUCUUCUUCGGCUUGGGCAUUGUGCCUGCUCUCUACUUCCACUACACCUCGACCGAUCGCCUACCGAUCGGACAACGUGUCCAGCUGCUGAUGCAUUGUCAUUGCCUCUUCGUGGCGCUGCUCACGCUGAUACUGACCAUCUGCAGCAUACGCUCUGCAUUCGUCCUAAUGUUGACUUGUUUGUUCUACACAGUGGGCGUCGUCUUCAAUCUGGCUACCAAUCUGCACAGCCGCAACGUUGCCUGGAUCAUUCCGCACAUUGUGUGCUAUGUGCCUCCCUUUUUGUUCUUUGUUUACUUCUCGCACAGCUUCUUGGCCACCUUUAUUCCCAUGUUCGGUCGCUUCGGCGACUCGCUGAACCCGGACCUGAUUUUAGCUGUCUUCAGCGUUGCAGUGGGCCUGCUUGUAGCUGGUUUCAUAGUGCCCAUGCUUCACAUGUUCCGCAAAUCGAAGACCAUUAUCUGUAGCCUGCUGGGCAUCACCUUGCUGUGCAUUAUCAUUGCUGCUACUCCCUUGGGCUUCCCCUACAGGCCAGAGACAAGUGUGCAACGCUUCUCAGUAUUGCACGCCAAGCGUACCUUCCACGAUGAGCAUAACAAUGUUCGCCGCUCCGAAACUGGUUACUUCAUCAUGCCACAAGACAGACGCACCUACUCCGUGAAAAACAAGGUUAUAAACAUGACUAUGGCCAGAUCUGUGAAAGACGAGUGCAAAAAGGAAACCCUCUGCGGCUAUCCAAUGUACAACAUGCGCUGGCACAAGACCAGAGAACAUGGUUUGUGGAUACCCGCAUCGGAACCUGUACUGGGCCCACUGCCAGCUGCUAAGGUUGUUUCCAAGAAGCAGCUGACUGCUAAUAAAAUGCGUUUUGAAAUGGAACUCACUGGCCCAGAUCAUAUGGGCAUCUACAUACAGCCACAGAAUGGCGCCCGAGUUGUUGGCUGGUCUUUCCACCAAGCACCCCUGCGUCUCAACUUUAAGCCACCAUACUACAUCUACUUUUCGUAUGGCGUCAACAGUGACGCACUGAAAUUCUGGGUGGAGCUUGAGAAACCCAAUGGCGAUUGGAGGACACCUACAUUCGAACUAGGCCUGCAUGGCCAUUGGAAUCACCACAAGGAACUGCACACAGCAGACUUCAAGAAGUUCCUCGAUAGCUUUCCCAGCUAUGUGGACGCAACGCCCUGGCCGGCGUCCUAUGAGACGUGGUUAUACUAAACAUAUUUGAGCUGUUCUAUACAAUAUCUAUAUAUAUAUAUAUGUAAUAGUAUUAAACUUAAUAUGUAUAUUGUACGUAAUGCAGGUAAAAAGCGAAACAUGAAAUAUGCUUAAGCAAUAAAUGACAAAGCCAAA